GGAAUUAAAUAAUUAUUAACUUAAUACUUUGUAGUUUCUUCUGUUAAUUGAUAAUUUGUGUUAAACGUUUACAUUUACAAAGCUAGUGUUUUUGGCUAUUCACUUUGUAACAUUUAUAUAAUUUUUCAGAUAUUUAAAUGCACUUUUAGAUUGUUAUAUACUUAUAAAAUUAUAUUAAAAUUAUGGCUGUUCCGAAUGAGUUAAGUUUGGAAUCCGUCCGUGAUUUCAUGAUCAUGAACGAUGGAAAAGUUACUAAUCAUGAUCUAGUGACUCAUUUUAAACAUUUUCUAACAAAUCCACAAAACAGAGCUGAAGCAAGACUUAAGUUUAAAGAAAUUGUAAACACUGUGGCUACCGUUAUCUGUGGAGAAGAUGGGGAAAAGUAUUUAAUGCUUAAACGUCGCUUUCGAGUGGCUGGUUGUAUUGGUUUAUCAUUAGAACCCUCCAUGAGCACAGCUUCUUCUCUAACUUCACUUACUUCUUAUCCUGGAUUAUCUUCUGUACAUCAUUCAUUAUCACAAGAUUCUCUUAUUGACCCUCCUAGAUUUCAACAAAGAUCUCCAAUGGUAUCACCAUCGGCUAGACAACCCCCACCUUAUCGUCCACCACCUUCUCCUAUUGCAUCGCCUAAAGAAUGUUCACCAACUAAAGAAGCCGCACCACCUGUUCCUCCUAGGCGUAGAAGUUCUGAGAAAAUUAAAUUGAUUGAAUUAAAUGAUAAUGUUAUAGUAAAUUCUAAGGAUAAUUAUAAAGAGAAUGAACAACCUCAGCAGCCUCAGAUAAGCGUAAAGGAUCGAACCCAAAAAUUCAACCGGAUAGCAUCUGAAAAUGCCUUGCAUUUAGCUAGUCAACUACCGUCACCAAAUAAGAAAAAAAUAGAAAAGAACGAUAAAGACGAAGAAGACACUAUUUCUAUGACAUCGUUGGAUCCUAAGACUAAAGAAUGGGUCGUCAAAUCAGCAAAAUGUGACUAUCAAGCUUUAGCAAAACUUGCAUCUGAAAAUUCUGGAAUUGCAAAGUUCAAGGACCCUAUCACUAGCUAUACGGCGUUACACUGGGCGGCGAAACACGGCAACAUGGACCUGGUGAAAAUGCUGGCCGGCACGUAUAGCGUCAACGUCAACGCUAAAACGAAUGGAGGUUACACGCCAUGUCACUUGGCAUUACAGUUCGGACACGAAGAGAUUUACAAGAUACUGGUCGAAUCGUACGGAGCCGACCCGAACGUGCGGGACUACAGCGGACGCAAGCCCAGGCAGUACCAGACGAACCAGGACACGAGCCUGUCGGCGGACACGUAUCGCAAACUAAACGCCCGAAAACACAAACACAUGGAAAAGGAUCUAAGAUUCCUGCGGAUCGGGUCCCUGAACGUGCGCGUUAAACGGACCACAGAGGCGUUCAGCAACUUCCUGGGCGUCGGACACAACGCAGAGAAGAUUCACAAGACUUGGGGUUCUGCCGACAACAUACAACAGAACGACGCCAAGAGAAUGCCUCCUCCGAAAAGCGUUACGAUUAAGAAAAGGAAGUCCAAACGGCCGCAAGACUUUUUGAGGAGAGCCUCGGCCCCGGCCGACCGAUCGCCAGACAAGAGGAAAUCCGCGGAAAUCGUCGUCACUGGUGACUCGGACUCGGACACGGCUUGCGGAUUCGGCACGAAUUGGCAACCGUCGUGACCGACAUGUCAUGUAGGACAUCACUAGUGUACCCACAUGUCGGACGUGGCUUUGCUGUUGAAUUUCAAGACGCUUUUCUGCAAUCAUUCUCUGCGGCCGAUCAUCGUUCUCAUCGCACUAACAGCAUCGCCAAUAACGGCAUACUCUCUCGUUGUCUCGUCCGCAGCAUAUAAUAUUAUCACGAUCAAUACCGCACCCCAAGUAUUAUUAGCAAUAAGUAACGAUCAUCUGUGUACUAUAGAUAUUAUUUUUAUUAUUAUUAUCAUCGUAAUAUUAUUUAAUCUGUUGAUUUUUACGUCGUCGGUCAGAGGACGUUUUUUUUUAAGUUUAAUCUUUUUUUUUUUUUGUGCCCCAACACUUUUCACAUUUUGUUUUUUUGUUUUACUAUGUAAACAACUAACGUGUAAAACCCGUUGGUACAAAUUUAUGUGACUUAAACGGCCGAAUCGAAUAUAGUAUUGUAUUCAGUUCAGCGGACAAUCUUACCAAAUGUUUUUUGAGCUAUUUACUCAAUCAUAUCAUUGACGUGGUCAUAAAUGUGUUUAAUUUUACAUAGGUACCUUUUAUAAUAUUGAUAUUUGAUUGUACUUAUAAAUUAUGAUAAUAUGACAUUUUUAUUAUUUAUUUAAUUCUGUUAUUUAUAACUAUGAAUGUGUUAGUAUUAGACGGUUAUUAUUGUUUAGGCGGACUUUGAUAGAUUGUAGUCCGUGUUGUUACUUAAUACGAAAUUGUAUUGACGAUCAGCUUUUUUAAGAUUAAUGAUUAUAGUAGGUAAUAAUAGUUACGUUAUCGGGUUAUAAAUAAUGCUCACUGUUAUUAUAAUUUUAUCUAGGUAUUUUAUUAUUUGAUUAUGUUGUAUUUGUCGUUAAGUUCUUUAAAUGUGUACUAGCGUUAAUUUACUCUACAAUAUAACAUUUUCAUUAGGUACCUAAUUACUCAAAUACAGUCUUCUAUGAUUUUUGAUCAACCACGUUUACAUACAUACCACAACUAUUUUUACCUACAAACUACAAAAUAUAAUUAAUACUGUUGACAAUUAUUAUUGACAUGCUGUCACCACACAUAGAAGCCAGUAACCAUGUAAAUAAUAUGUUUGAAUAUACUGUCCUAAUCAAUAUAUUGUCAGGAGUGAGUUUACCUUUUGAACGAUUCUUGAUUUCACCUUACUCAAUGAAACCUUCAUUCUCCAAUAAUUUGGGCAAUGACACUUCUUAAAUAUUUUUAAGUGUAAACAUAAAGAUUAAUAUUUUGUGUGUAGCUUAGCAUUAUUAAUAGACAAUAGUAUGUGUUAACGACUCUGGUUGUAAUGUU